AUGGGAUGGGUUUGGAGCGACGAUGACAACGACGACGAUUCUCAACGCAGCAUCUCCUCUUCAGGUUCCGAUGAACAUAGCUCCACCACAAAAAUCGUGAAAUCGCAGUGUAGAACGGAAGAGGUUGAACCUGGAAAGUUCGUUAGGAAAUGCGAGAAAACCGAAGAGCUUCUCAGAACUUGCGCUGGAAGGCCUGUUGAAGUGCUGCAAUCAAACAGGGAGUACACUGAAGAAGAUAUCACUAACGAGGUACUUAGAGGAAGAUCUACCACAUUUGGCUCAUCAGACAGCUCAUCAGACCAAGCUGAAGAAAUGAAAAAUGGCCUGUUUGAUGUUAUUGCAAAGGCAGAGUCGUCAUCUUCUUCCCCUACGAGGCGAGGGAUACCUAUUGAAGAGUAUGGCCGGCAAGAAACUCGUCCUAGAUCCAUGGAUAUGGAAUCAGGGGAUACUGAUUUCACUGGAUUGGCGAAGGACGUUUAA